ACCACUUACUACAACCAAUCGGCAGAGGUCUACCGCCAAGCUGAAACACUACGGGACAACUGUACCUCUCCUAUUGGUCGGAGAAGAAUGGAGACCAGUCACUCUGCUCCAAUCACAGGGCCAUCCUGCGUCUCUGAAGGUGCUGAUAGAAACAGAGGAGGAACAGCUGCUCCUGAUUCUGGAGAAAAACCAUGGUCUGUUUGCCAGUCACUACACAGAAACACACUACCUGGAAGACGGCAGCGCGGUCACCGGCUCUCACAACCUCACGAUGAACUGCUAUUACCACGGAAUGGUGCAGGGACACAUCUAUUCUGACGUCAGCCUCAGUACCUGCUCAGGUCUCAGUGGCUUCAUCUCACUAGAAAACAGAUCCUACGUGUUGGAGCCGUCAACUGAUCCCUCCAGUGGAUCCCACAGGAUCUACCGGUCAGAACAGCUCAACCUCACACCUGGCUCGUGUGGCCAUGGCUUCAACAUAUCACUGGUUCAUGGAGACACCCAGGACAGCCACAACCAAUCAGACAGCCCCUUCGGAGCCUUCAGCACCAGG